GCUUGAAGACUGAACUCUUAAUGCAUAAAAACAGAACCGCAAUGUCUCAAUAUUGUUGGGUUUUAUGGCUCAACAUGAUUGAUCUUCCCUUUUAUUGUCAAGAUGAAACCUAAAAUGUUUAGACUUGAUAAGGAGCUGAAUUAACAUGUAUAUUUGAUCAAAUUAUCAGAGAAAUCCGCAAAGAAGUCCAGCUUUUUAUCCAACGUUCGUCUGACAGAGCAGCCCGAUUAUUUUAGCAAUUUUCGCUUAACUUCGCAGCAGAAUUGUGUCUUCAGCUAUGAUUUCAGAUGUGGCAUAGGAAAUAAGGAAGACGGGCGAUCGUCAGGCAAUGAUGGAUUUUGUUCAGUUAAAAGAAGAAGUUUGGAAACAGGACCUGAAUCUGCUGCGUCUUUCUGGUGCAAAGCAGCUGCUCUGCAGAGUAUUUAUAGAAUUUGGAGCACUGCUGUUUUUCAUGCAUAUCGGAUCCUUUGGGAAGAGAGAAUGCAGCUGUUCUCGUCCGCGGUUUAACAACUCUGUCAAUAAUUUAAAGUCCUUUUUAGGCCUGGCACACCAAAAAUAACCUAAUCUAGAAAUUCUUGACUCUUUACUCCAGUGGUUCUCAGUCCUGGUCCACAGGGCCCACUGUCCUGCUUGAGGUGUCCUCCUGCCACCAAGCACCUGACUUAAAUAAACGGGUCAUUACCAGGCGUCUGCAGCACUUAGAGCAAUCAUUCGGAUCAGCUAUGCUGGAUAAGAGACACAUCUAAGACAUGCAUGACAGAGGGCCCUGUGGACCGGGCUGGGGUAACACUGCUUUAGCCUGUCAUGGCAUAAAGCUUUUGUUCUGAUAAGCUCUUCCUUAGUCAAAGGGUGCACAAGUCCAGUCUUUCUGCUACUUUUAGAUGCAUUCCUGCUGCGUCACGCUCCUGACCAGACCUCUGCAGAGCUGAACGACUGAAUGCUGAGGAGGGAAUUCAGACGUGUGUUUCAGAGGGUGUGUGUGUGUGUGCACCCUCCCAUUCACAUAUCUAAUGGGAAAGAGGUUCCAGCUGCUGUUCCAUGAGGGAAAGGGGAGGGAGAGAGAGCGCCGCUCAGCUCAGAGGUGCUCAGAGAGCUUUAGCUGCUGAACGAAGAGAAUCUACAAAGAGGAGGAAAAUGGGACCGUACACAUUCCUGUGUGUAUGUUUUCUGGCUGCGCGCGUUCCUACAGGGAUGAUCGACGCUGCGCCAACAGAGGCAUCUGUGCCAGAGGUGAAGAGGGCCAGAGGUGACGUUCCUGAUAUUCUCCCAGAACCUGAACCAGAGCCGACCAGCCAGGUGUCGGACUUUGAAAACUCCUACAACUACGUCUUGUCCAGAUUAGCUGGUAUAGACCAGGCCAUCCACAGGCUGAAUGUUGGUCAUUACACUCUGGAUGUUAAAGUCAGCCAACUAAUCGACCGCAUCUCCAGACUGGACGCUAAAGUUGGUGAUGUGGAGGACAGCAUCCAGGAGGUCUACCAACACAGCAAGGACAAUCGCAAGGAGAUCGGAAGACUGGAAGGCUGCCAGAAAGGACGAAGACUGAGCUACAAAUGUUACCUGGUGUACAACAGUUUAGCCGACUAUGCGGGAGCGUCCAGGAAGUGCCUGGAACGCGGCGGACGCUUGGCGAUGCCCCGUGACCGCAAGGAGCAGGAGGCCCUGGCGGACUACGUCAAGGCCUUCUUCAACCCGGGGAACUGGCCCGUCUGGCUGGGCAUCAACGACCUGCACUCCGAGGGCUUGUACCUGUUCGACGACGGCACGCGGGUCACGUACUUCCAGUGGCGGAAACACUUCCUGUCCAGUCAGCCGGACGGAGGAAAGCGAGAGAACUGCGUGGCCAUGUCGUCGGAUGACGGGGACUGGUGGGACCACUACUGCGACCGGACCAUGAACUAUGUCUGCGAGUUUGACGACAGGGUGGCACUUUGAAACAAACUCUUUUACAAACUUUGUGUGUUUUUCUUGAUAAUGCCAGUAAUGCAAACAUGAAAGUGUUGAUCUUUAGAAAUAAUAAUAAAAAAAAAACAUUUUAUUUAAUAAUUUUCACAUAAUUUAUUGUUACAUACGACUACAUAAACCAGAGUAGAGUUCUACAUACUCAUCAUGAGAAUGAAUUUCAUGUUAAUUUGGACUUAUGAUCCAUUUAGACAUUUUUUAUCCUGUUUGAACACAAGUUUAACAACAUGCAAGCUUCAUAACACUGGUUGCAUAUUUGACCUCUACACCUGGCAAAAUUAGUACAAUUCAGUUAAAUUAGUUGGAUUCUUGCAAAAAUCCAGCUUCAAAGCACAAUCAACACACUGCAGUGGACCGACCCCAAAGCAUAAUGUCGCCACUGCCAUGCUUGACAGUUUGAAAGCCUCAACUUGACUCAUUCUGUUAUUUCUGUCAUUGUGACCAAAUAGCUCAAUCUUUGUCUCAUCUCAUCAUAAAGAUUUAGUCCAAAAAUGCAUUUGGCUUCUCUAUUUGAUCAGCUGAAAAUUUUCGUCAAGCUUGGAGGUCUUGAUUUUGGACCUUUUAAUCGUUAUUUCAUCCACAUUGUGCAUGCACUGCAGUAGACUGAGCUUCGGUGGUUCCUGGACAUCCGAAAACGAUCUUCCAACAGGCCUAGGAUCCUUUUAAAACAUCAAAACAGACCUGCCAUCCUUCUAGAGUUACUCACAUAAAGCUUCAACCUCAACCUGAUUGUAAAAAAAAAAAAUUGUGAAAUAUGCUUGAAAGUCAGGGCUGUGCAAAGAAAAACCCCUAAUUAAAAUUAAAUGUGUAUGUGUAUAUUUGAGCCCAUGAUUUGGGCUCUGUGGGGAUAAAAAAAAAAAAAAAAAAAAA